AUAAGUCAUAUGCAUGUCCUAUAAUACAAUCACAUUAUAUUCUAUAAUAUGCUUAUAUCUAAAUUAUCAUAAUAGCGAUUGUGGAUUUGCAUGGAUUUAUUUGAUUUAGAUAAUAUUCCUCUGCCAACCGAUCCUAAUAUACAAUUGGAAGUACCUCUACCAUUUGGCUCCCCUUUGCCAUUGCAGGAUAAUACAGAAACCAUAAAAAAUAAUUGUAAUACAGAUAAAACUAAUGCCAAUACAGAGAGUUGCAAAAAAGGCAUAAAGAAUGCAUUUCAGAUUGGGAAAAUUACUAAAUUCAGAAAUCUCUCUUUUACUAUUAAAAAACCAAAUAUCCUCCCAGCUAUUGAAAAACUAUCCCACACAAAUAAGGCAAAUGAAAAAGCAGUUGAUAUACAGAAUGGUAAAAAUCUCCAUGAUUAUUCAAAUAAAAAGACUUUGUCUAUCAAUGCUACAUUCAACAAUGUAACCGCAGAAAUCCCUAAACUUAUCCCAAAUUCGGAAGCUACAAAGGCGUCCAAAAUUGACAAGACGAAUCCUGAAGAAUUACUGGUAGCUCAACAGCGAAAGCGUAAAAGUAGAUGGGGAGAGAAUGCUCCAGUUAAAAAUGCCAUCUUGAUCCCAGUUGUGCAAACACCUUACACGAAUUAUAAUGCUAAGGUUCCUUCCAUGAUACCCUUUAAUGCCAACGACAUGAUACCUCUUCCGCCUAACAACGUCAACUCAAUUCCUAUCCCCUUGGUGACGCCGAUUAAAACGUUUAACAAUGAUUUAGCUUUGCAAAAUUCCAUGUCGGAUGAACAGAGAGCAAUCUUCGAAGAAGCCCAAAAGAUGAGAGCCCUUUGCUCUUACAUCAUAGCCAAAGCCAAGAUCAGUCAGCAUUACGAAAAAACGGGAAAAGUUAAAUAUGAAUACGAUUCCGACGAAGACAUCACCGAUGGUACUUGGGAACACAAACGGCGGAAAGCCGAAAUGGAAAGGACCAAAGAAAUUUCUGCCCUUUUGACUGACAUGGGACGGGAUAAACAUCACGUGGGCGACUUUUUACCUCCCGAGGAACUAGAAAGAUUUCUUUACACUUACGAAUCCAUAAAACAAGCCGACGCCGAAUCAAAUAAUAUCCAACCGAUUGAUAAUGGCCUUCAGACCAACGUCGAACAGGAUAAAAUUGAUGAAAUUAAAGGUUUGGAUUCAACUGAAGCUCAAGAAGAAAAAGGUGAUAUGCCGGAUUUAUCAGCCCCAGACAUCAAUGUUCAGAUGACAGAGACUAUUCAAGACUCUGCUGUAGAAGUUAGUUGUGUGGAACAGGAGAAAGCAAAUAUUGAUGUCUCUUUUAAUAAUUCAACAGAACCAGCUCCAAUGUUAGAAUUGACGGAGAUGAAUGACACAGCUCAAGGUCAAGUAGUUGUUAGUGAUAUAGUGCUACCUCCCAUUAUCGCAACCCCAAAUGCGUUAGAUAUCGAGGCGAGGAGAAAGAAAAGAUUGGCCAAAUUUUCUGAAUACAGUAAUUGCAAAAUUAAUUCAGAUAACAUAGGUUAUCGUAUACUCAUGAAAAUGGGCUGGGACGAAGAACACGGCUUAGGGCUAGAAAGCCAGGGCAUAACUGAACCGGUCAACAAAGCAACCGUUUUGCCUGAUAGAAUGGGGCUUGGUACCUUGAGUCAAAAGGGUCUCUCCAAUGAUUUGCAAGAAGGGGAUGAUGAAUUCGACGCUUACAGGAAACGUAUGAUGCUGGCUUAUCGAUUCAGGCCCAAUCCAUUAAAUAACCCAAGAAGAGCUUAUUAUUGAAAGAAAGAAGAUAAAGAACACGUGAUAUGCAGACGAUAUUAAGAUUUUAAUUUUAUAUUAUUUUUUUCUUAAGAUGUUUUAUAUCAUAAGGCUUCAUUUAUGAGUAAGAGGGAAAUACCGCGAUGUCGCUUAAACGAUGCGUAAUUUACUAAAUUAUAUAGCUAUGAUAGUCGUUUAGCGGUGGAUUACUUACCGGCUUUAGCGAUAUAGCGGUAUUUCGCACUUACUAUAAACGAGGCCCUAAAACUAUGUGUUUUUUUUUAAUUUAUAAUUUAUUUUUUCUUUAUGGUAAUAAUUUUUGUAUUAUA